AUGGGACCCAGGAUAGGGCCAGUGGUUACGGAGCCCCAGAUGCCAGACAAGGACACCAAGGCCGUGAUGGGCACAGAAGAUUCAGCUGGAGACAAAGCCGGCCCGGACUCUCGGGACUUGCGGCCAAGCGUGUUCCACAGCAUCAAGUUCUUCGUCCUGUGCCACAGCCUGCUGCAGCUGGCACAGCUCAUGAUCUCCGGCUACCUCAAGAGCUCCAUCUCCACGGUGGAGAAGCGCUUUGGCCUCUCCAGCCAGACCUCGGGGCUGCUGGCUGCCUUCAACGAGGUGGGGAACACAGUCCUGAUUGUGUUUGUGAGCUAUUUUGGCAGCAGGGUACACCGGCCCCGACUGAUCGGCUGUGGGGCCAUCCUUGUGGCCCUGGCGGGCCUGCUCAUGACCCUCCCACACUUCAUCUCGGAGCCCUACCACUACGACCGCACCAGCCCCGGGGACCUGCCACAGGACUCAGAAGCUUCCCUGUGCCUGACCACAACCUCAGGCCCUGCCCCGACCCCCUCCAACGGCAGCAGCUGUUCCAGCUCCUCGGAGGCCCAGCAUCUGACCGCGGUGGGAAUCAUGUUCCUGGCACAGACCCUGCUCGGGGUGGGCGGUGUGCCCAUCCAGCCCUUCGGCAUCUCCUAUAUCGAUGACUUUGCCCAUGACAACAACUCUCCCCUUUACCUCGGGUUCCUGUUUGCUGUGACAAUGAUGGGGCCGGGCAUGGCCUACGGGCUGGGUGGCCUCAUGCUGCGCCUUUAUGUGGACAUUGACCGGAUGCCAGAAGGUGGCAUCAACUUGACCUCGAAGGACCCCCGAUGGGUGGGUGCCUGGUGGCUGGGCUUCCUCAUCUCUGCUGUUGCCGUGGCCCUGGCUGCCACGCCCUACUUCUUCUUCCCCAGGGAGAUGGCCAAGGAGAAAGAUGAGCUUCACUUCCGGCGAAGGGUCUUGGCAAUCGUCAGCAAAGGUGAAGACUCUGCUGAGCAGAGCCCCGAGGAGUCCCCAAAGAAGCAGGAUGGCCUCGCCCAGAUUGCACCAGACCUGACCAUGGUCCAGUUCAUCAAAGUCUUCCCCAGGGUGCUGCUUCGAACCCUGCGACACCCCAUCUUCCUGCUGGUGGUCCUGUCCCAGGUGUGCGUGUCGUCCAUGGUGGCAGGCAUGGCCACCUUCCUGCCCAAGUUCCUGGAGCGCCAGUUCUCCGUCACAGCGUCCUACGCCAACAUGCUCCUCGGCUGUCUCUCCAUCCCCUCGGCCAUCGUGGGCAUCGUCGUGGGGGGCGUCCUGGUCAAGCGCCUCCACCUGGGCCCCAUGCGCUGCAGCGUCCUCUGCCUGCUGGGGGCGCUGUUCUGCCUGCUUUCCACCCUGCCCCUCUUCUUCAUGGGCUGCCCUACCCACCAGAUCGCGGGCGUCUUCCACCCGCCUGGGUCCCAGCCUGGGCCGGAGCUCUCCGCAGGCUGCACGGAGCCCUGCGCCUGCCCUCCGGACGACUUUAACCCGGUCUGUGACCCCAGCGCCCGUGUGGAGUACCUCACCCCCUGCCACGCAGGCUGCACACGCCGGGUGGUCCAGGAGGCUCUGGGCAGAAGCCAGGUCUUCUACACCAACUGCAGCUGCGUGGCGGGGGGCGGCCCCGUGCCUGCGGGCUCCUGCGACUCGGCCUGCAGCCACCUGGUGCUGCCCUUCAUGCUCCUGGUUAGCCUGGGUGCAGCCAUGGCCAGCGUCACCCACACUCCCUCCUUCAUGCUCAUCCUGAGGGGAGUGAAGAAAGAAGACAAGACUCUGGCUGUGGGGAUCCAGUUCAUGCUCCUGAGAGUUUUAGCCUGGAUGCCCAGUCCUGUGAUCCAUGGCAGUGCCAUCGACACCACCUGCGUGCACUGGGCCUGGAGCUGCGGGCGUCGGGCCGUCUGCCGCUACUAUGACAACGACCUGCUCCGAACUCGGUUCGUUGGCCUCCAGUUCUUCUUCAAGACUGGCUCCCUGGCCUGCUUCGCCUUGAUCAUGGCUAUCCUGAGGCAGCAGGGCAAAGAGGAGGGGACCAAGGCGGUGACACGCCCUGGCCUACAGCAGCAGCCGUUAAUGUCGGGACCGGAGAAGAAGCCUGAAGAAUCCAGGGUGUGA